GUCAGAAGGUUUGUCUCUUCCCUCCAGGACCAAAAGAAAUGGCCGGUGUGAUCGAGAAAGCCAACUGUGCUGUUCCUGAGCAGCAAGAUAAAGUCAAAGCAAGAGAUCCUCCUGCAGCAUCUCCAGCAACUGAAAGAAAUCAGGGGUCUCGGCCUUUUGCUCCACAAGGGGAAGCCUGGAGCCCAGAAGCCAUCAAAAUAUUUUUAAAUAUGUGGACCCACCCUAAUAUCCAGUCAAUGAGGGCAGCCAGGAAGAGACGCCGAGCAAUAUAUAGAAUGAUCUCCAGGAUGUUGCACAACGAGGGUAUACCUAAAAGCUGGAGUGAAUGUAGGGACAUGAUGGUGGCCCUGGAAAAUUUAUAUUGGACCUUCCAGGAGUCCAAUCAGAAUGGACAACCUCGUCCCUUUCUCUACCCAUUCAAGGAGGCUUUAGAAAGAGUCUUUCCAUUCACAUGGGACACGCAUGGGGGAUCUGAGCGUGAAGAGUCCGAGUCCACAGACCUUGACACCUCAGGGGCAUACGUUUGGAACCCCAUUCCUCCUUGGACUCUUCCUUGGCAUGCUGCGGUGCAAUAUGACUCCCUUCCUUGGAGUGGAGCCUUCAUUGCCCAAGGGCAGAAUGCCCAAAUGAUGAACAGCACCCUGGAGCCCCCACCAGUGAUCCCCACCACAUUUGCCUACAUAUUCACUCAAGUGCCUCAUUGGAGUACCGCUCAAGGUCCACAGUCGGAGAUUCCAUGGCCCCCACAGCCGCUCAUCUAUAUGGACAGCCCUGGGAUGGAGAAAGAGGUCCAGGACUGA